AUGGAGUUGGAUAGGUGUUUAGAACAACUGUAUGGUGGAAAGCUGCUGCCGGAGGCGACGCUGCGCGCGCUAUGCUUCAAACUGAAGGAACAGCUGGUUCGGGAGUCGAACGUGGUACACGUGGCGACGCCGGUGACGGUGGUGGGAGACAUACAUGGUCAGUUCCACGACUUGCUGGAGAUCUUUCAGAUUGGGGGGGCAGUGCCGGACACGAACUACCUUUUUCUGGGGGACUAUGUGGACCGCGGACUAUACAGCGUGGAGACGAUGUCGCUGCUGAUAGUGUUGAAGCUGCGGUACCCGGCGCGGAUCCAUCUGAUCCGGGGGAACCACGAGUCGCGGCAGAUUACGCAGAGCUACGGGUUUUACACCGAGUGCUGCAACAAGUACGGGGGCAGCAGUCGGGUGUGGCAGUACUUCACAGACCUGUUUGACUACCUGGUACUGUGCUGCAUCAUCGACAAUGAGAUCUUCUGCGUGCACGGCGGGCUGUCGCCCAACGUGCAGACGAUCGACCAGAUCCGCAUCAUCGACCGCAUCAGGGAGAUUCCGCACGACGGGGCGAUGGCGGACCUGGUGUGGUCGGACCCGGAGGACGAUCGCGACGACGUCCUGGGCUCACUCUCGCAGUUCAAGGUGUCGCCGCGCGGCGCGGGCUACACGUUCGGGAAGGCAGUUGUGGAGAAGUUCCUGCAACUGAACCGCAUGAGCAAGAUAUACCGCGCGCACCAGCUGUGCAAUGAAGGGUACCAGGUCUACUUCCAGGGCCUGGUCACGACGGUCUGGUCUGCGCCCAACUACUGCUACCGCUGUGGAAAUAAGGCGUCCAUUCUCGAGGUCUACAACACACAGGACUACUACUUCAACGUGUUCGAAGAGGCGCCAGAGAACAAGCUGCUAAACAACUCCUUCAUGGGCUCUACCAACAGCCUCCUGGGCGAGUACUUUGAGGACGGCCAAGCACAGGACGUCUUCUCGGACGAGUACCAGACAAGAUCCGCCUAUAAGCGCCAGGUGGAGUACUUUCUGUGA